CACAAACGUAUAAACUAAACAGAAAUUAAUCCGUAUGGUCGCGAGACUGUCUUGAGCAAUGUUCAAAGUCUCCGUGUAUGAAUUGUUGAAAUGCUGACACAGCAUUCUCAACUGAUUUAAACAGGGGGAGCGAAGCUCUGGCCCUUUAAGGACCAGUCUCUCCAGCAGCAGCUACACUCACUCACUGCAGCAGCAGCAGCAGCGGUGGAGGCGGCACAUCCUCGGCUGCUGGUCCACCUGACAGUGGAGCGGAGCGGCAGACAGUCAGCCAGCAUCGGCCAGCCACCUGGUUCACCUCAGCACAAACUGAGUCCUGGAGGAGGGGAAUGGGGGGCACCUUGCCUGCUAGCUAACAAAUUCCAAUUCUAGUAGCGGAAGGUGCGCGGUCGGCGGUCCCUAAAGAUGGUCUCGUGGAUUAUUUCGAGGAUAGUUGUCCUUGCCUUUGGGACACUCUACCCAGCGUACUCCUCAUACAAAGCUGUCAAAACGAAGAAUGUUAAGGAAUAUGUGAAGUGGAUGAUGUACUGGAUAGUAUUUGCGUUGUUCACCACAGCAGAGACGGCCACAGAUCUGCUCUUAUCAUGGUUUCCGUUUUACUUUGAGCUGAAAAUCGCCUUUGUGAUCUGGCUCCUGUCCCCAUACACCAAAGGCUCCAGUGUCCUCUACCGCAAGUUUGUCCAUCCAACCCUGUCUAACAAAGAAAAGGAGAUCGAUGAGUAUAUAACACAGGCCAAAGACAGAAGUUAUGAGACCAUGAUGAAGUUUGGGAAGAGGGGUCUUAACCUGGCUGCUAAUGCUGCUGUUACUGCAGCCACCAAGGGCCAGGGUGUGCUGUCAGACAAGCUGCGGAGUUUCAGCAUGCAGGACCUGACUCUCAUCAAUGCUGAAGAUGAGCUGGCCCUGCACACUUCAGAUGCCCGCAUGAGACGGGAGCCAACGGACGAGAUGAGCUCGGGGGCCAGCACGCUGCCUCGGGCCAAGAGCACUGCUGCACGGCAGACCCGUUCCUUGGCAGCCGCAUCCCUUGCAGAUGAUGCGUCAUCCCAACACAGCUCUGACCAAUCAGACACAAGGACUGAACACUCUGAUGAAGAUGUGGGAGACAAAACCCCCAAACGUGGGACCACAGUCAAGGCGACCAAGAAACCUGCUGCUGCUAAGACAGAGACUCAAACUAAGACGGUGAAGAAAACGACAAAGAAAAAGACCACAACUGCUAAUAACGCAGAAACACCACCCUGAGGCCUGCGGUCCACAUCCGGUGGCCCGACACUCGCUCCACACACAGCCCGCAGACUCCUCUUCCUGUUUUGUCUCUACACAACCACUUAUCCACUACGUGUGUAUAUACAUAUAUCAGACUCAAGUGCAGAUUUAGUUUUCAGCCAUAUGUGGCCAACUGUAUGUGGGAUCAGUUUACGUUAGAUGCUGUUGUUGCAUAUUUUGUCUCACUCAGUUUUAAUAGUCGGGAGAAUCAUCCUUUUAGUCUAAAGUUUAUUGGUAAUAUAAUCCUUAAAGGUCCUUUUCCUCCAACCUGUAGGCAUAUAGAGUAUGUAGGUCUCGGUGAUAAUAUGAGCUGCCCAUGUGCAGGUUUUCAGUCUCAUAGAUGUUACUGAUUCAUAUUCUGUUUCUGGCACUGUGGCUUUCUUAAUUGAAGUUCUUUUUCUUUUAAGCAUUUCUGGUAAAAUGUUGCGUUAGUCACUCUAGCUCCCCCGGAUGUGGGUUCCGUGUACAACCUCUGGGUUCUUGUUCCAGUUCGAAUGCAGGCCACAGGUCCUCAUCCUGCUGGUAGAAAGGCAUGGUAACAACGGGUGAAGCUGUUUUUAACAGUGGUGUUAAAUUGGUGAACUCUGAAUUAAUUUGUCCAAUCGUUAAAGAUCUCUGUAAUCCCACUUACUGCUUAGCUCAAAAUUGCUGUUGAUCAGCAUCUGACUUGGCUGUCUUAAACAUUUUAAUUUAGGCGUCAUAGUUUGUGGAAGGGUUUAAAGUUGAUCUUCCCCUCAUUAGCUCUGUAAAACUCUUAAGUGAGUCUGGCUCUGCUAGGUUCCGGUCUCACUAAAGCCAGCUUUAAGAGGACUUUCAUGUUAUGUCCAGUGCUGGUGAUGGAGUGGUUUGUAAAGUGUUGGCUUGGUUAUCCUUCACCUCGACAUCACACUCUUAUUUAAGUGUAUCACUGGUCAUUUAUUUAUUCCACUUCUGUUUUGUUGCUAAUGUGAUAUUGUUAAUAACCAAGCUCACUUGUGCAUAGCCACUGAUGAUGGCGCUCUCUCCUUACAAACACGCUACUCAUAGAGGAGUUGCCUGUGCUUGUGAGGUUGCAACACAUCUGCUUUCAGUGAUGUUUGUAUUCAACAUGAAGUCCAGGAGUAGCUCGACACUUUCUCACUGAUUGUACUGAGCUGUAUUAUGGCAUGGAGCCUCAUUUUGACAGCAGGAUAAAGAAAAGCAAUAUGGAAAUGUUCUAAGGAAAACCAUUAUAUCCCUGACUCUGAGAAUGUCUCAUCCCUUCUUCUCUUGUUUCAGAUUUGGGGGAGGGAGGUUGUGUCAUAUAAGGCUGUGUUUGUGUGUCUUACUAAAACACACAAGACUAAGUUGGGAUUGCUCUGUAACUGGAGAUUAAACGGCAUGAGACUACUUAAGCACACCUUAUUGUUGUCUGCUGUCAGACACUAGUAUUGACCAGUGGGGGGAGACAAACCCUAACUCAUCUAAAUGUGUGUAAAUAGUAAACUUGACCAUGUAUGCAUUAAGAGCUUGCUUGCUGUAUUUGUUCUCUGAUCUGACAUCUGUUUAAGUUCUCAUUAAUCAUGAACUUUUUUUCUCUCAAAAAUUCUUAGUCUUUAAAAAUGAUAUUUCUGAGACCAGUGGAAACUUUAUGAAGUGGAAAUGGUUUUGUGUUUUUUAUUUUAAUGAACAUUACUUUUCUUUACCACAUUAAGACACUUGAACUCUGUCACAAGGCAGAGCAUCUCCAGUUAAAUGUAAACACAAAGUUUAGUCUUGAAAUGCCAUGUGUUUUUAGUUUAACAGUUAUCCUGACUCAAAUUUAAAUAUUGCAUAAUUAGAAGGCUUUCUGUGUUGUCAGUACAGUACAGUACUAUAGUUUUAUCUUGUUUGACCAUCAGAUAUUUAUUGUUAUUGUUUACUUUUUUUUUUAAGUCAGUAUUGUACACAGGGACAUUUAUGUAUUGUUUGUGCCAAUUCUCAACACUUCAUGUCAGAAAGUACUAAUAAAUGAAAUAAAUCAAAGUGUUAUUUUUUUGUUUAA